AUGAGGUCGGGUAAGUAUUGGACAUUUAAAAUAUUUUAAAUUAUUAAUGUCUGUAAUUUAGUAUCAUCUGCCUAUAGCAAAAUGUAGUGUUGGAAUAAUAGUGACUUGGAUGUAUACGGCGCCCCCAAAAAACUAAAAUACGCGGCCGUACUGUUCGGUCGUGGUUUGGUUAAGGCUAGCUCGGUUGCGGUUCAGUUUAUAUAGGCUGACCGAUAGAAACCGCAAACUACCGCAAGAGAAAACCGCAGUUUUAACUCAAUUAAAAUUUAAAAUAAAAUAAAAUUAUUUAAUUAUUAUUAAUAAUAUUUAUUAAAUAUUAUUAUUGAGUCAACAUCAACCAAAAGAUAAUUUUCUUGAUGGACAUAUAAAUUAAACGUAUCAAAUCUUGUGAAGUAAAGGUUGAAGGUUAAAGGUUAAAGUGUCAAAUCUAAAAAAGUAAAGGUUACUAUAGUUUACAAGAGUGGUAAAUGUUGCUAUUCCAACACUUCACGACAAGCAAUCCACAUUGGCAUAACGACAUCCCUUCCUUCAAGUAAACAAUAAACAGUCUGUUCUUGUUCCAUUUUUAAUCGAAAAAACUGAUCGAAUCCAACAUUAAGCUUAUCGAGGGCCUUUGUGAUGAUCACUGAUUUAAUUAUAGUAUCCAACAGCAAACAGCCAAUCAGAAUGCUGCGUUCGUGUGUGAACGCGACAAGUACAAAAUAUCCGGUCAUCCUUGCAGGUCCACUAUUCUUCCCUCUGUGGGCCUGCAUGCAUGCACGCGGGCUAGGGUAAUAUAAAUGAUAAUUUUCAGCGGGCAAAUUCGAGCUGGCUUAAUCAGCAGAUGACCUCUCCUCCAAAAUUUCCUGGGACGGCCCUGGCCCUCACGCUGAAUUUUAAUGUUUUAUUAUUGCUUCAAAAAACAUAAUUGUAAAUCAAAUGAACUUAACCCAUAUAUACUUUAAUAUUUUAACAGGUACACUGCUUCCAAUUGGGUUUCAAGAUAUUCUGGCAAGUGAGUUCAUGCCUCUCCAUCAAAAACAUGAGCGUGGUAAUGUUACUCACAAGAAAGUGAAAGAGCGACAUUUGCCGCGAAGAAUAUCACCUGCUUUUGAUAGAUUUGAAGCGAUGAUUAUGGAUGAUGAAUACGCGUCCCGCAGUCGAGAUUAUCCAAGGAACACUACCUGCUCAUUUGUUGGUCUAAGAAAGCCUUAUGUUGCAUCAAGAGUCUCUGAAGACCAACAAGAGCAAAAAUGCCGUCUGAGAUUUGAAACACCUGAAGAGUGUAAAGAAGGUAUAAAAUAUUACGGCGGGCCUGGCGACAUCAAAGAGCUGAAGUGUGACGUUAGCAAGGCUAUUGAAAUAUGUCGCAUAAAACGGCUGAACAACACAGGAAAUUUUGAUGUUUUUUGUGAUUCGAGACAUUGUAAAGGUGAGGAUCUUCACCUUGGUCUGUUAGGUAGCCAAACUGGAGUGGUUGAUAAUUGGACGGUAAUAUCCGACGCAAAGCGCCUUGGGCAAUACCUUCAUGAACACAUAUCGUCGUCUAAAUUUGGCGCUAGUUUUGCGUUAUUGAAAUGCGAAAAAAGCUUGGUUUUUCAAGUUUUAACAUUACCCAAGAUUUUAGAACGUUCAACGAUGUCACAGCCGCAUAAAAACAUUAAUUUCAAUAUUAUCGUAGAAGAUUCUGUAUCAAGACGCCAUUUUUUCAGAACUCUUUCGCAGACUGCGUCGACCAUGAGAAACAUCAUUUAUAAAAAAUCUAUUCCAGCAACUGUGUUAGAAUUCGAAAAGGUUCAGAGUUACGACACAACGACCAAAAAGAAUCUACAGCGGUUAUUUUCGGGCACAAAAUAUUUGCGUCCUAAUGAACGUGAUAUUAUUGGCAUCGAAGAUUUUUUCUCACUUUUAAAGGAGUUUGGUUACAGCACAUUAUUUCAAGAGGACAAUUGCUGGUAUGAUAAUUGGGGAACUCUUCUUGAUCUAAGUUAUAGAACUGGCCAUGUAAAAGACCAAAAAGAAAGAGAUAAAAUAUGGAAGGAGUUUGUUGAUUUACUAGAAAAAACAAAACGCAGUGAUAGUGUUGACGACUUUGGUGUGACGUUUUUGACUUGUUCCGUUUAUGCAUAUUUGCAUACGUCGAAUGUUUUCAACGCGUGGGACUUCCCUAACAUUUGCUUCGCAGGCGAACAUUUUUCUUCCUUCUUGCUAAAUUAUGCAAAAGAAUAUAUGAUGUUUAAUGACAAUGCUGCAAAACCAUUUUUAGCAUACACGCACGUAAUUACAUCACAUGAAAGAAGUGGACGACGGAUCGUUAACGAUGACAUCACCCUAUCGAAGUUGCUUCGGCAAGCGGCUCAUAUGCAUAACACUGUCACUAUAUUAAUAUCAGAUCACGGGGCAAAAUCUACCAAAUUUUCAUCUCAUACAACGCAAGGACGACACGAAGUCUUUCGGCCACUUUUAUUUAUGAUUAUUCCUCAUGUAGUGUGCGAUAAACUAGGACCAGAAGUAAUGAAUGCUUUGGUUGCGAAUCAGAAACGUUUGAUAGGGAUUCAAGAUCUAGGGGAAGCUUUGCGGGCCUAUCUUAAGCCAAACACACCUGAACUACGCGGUCUGUUUCUUCCCAUAUCUCUCAAUCGCACUUGCGAUCAGCUUGAUUUAGAUUCAGAUGUGUUAUGUUUGUGUGACAAGAUGGACAAAUCAAUCUCAAGUAAAUCACAAGUGCUGAAAUGGGCAGCAGAAUUUGCUUUAGGUGUUCUUAACAAUAUGAUACAAGAUCAAUUUAUAGCAGGGCUGAAGUCGAAACGCUCUGGCGAAAUCAAGUCAAAUUUAUACGGCUACGGUGCGUGUCAACGUUACACAGGCCACAAAAUUGGCCUUGCGCGGCAUCAAGUUGCAGGCCAACAGGAAAUACUUGCCUUCACUCUAUUUGUUCAACCUUUUGAUCGCAAAACCAAAGAAGUAUUUGACGUUAAGGUUUCGUUUCCCGUUAACCAAGAUAAAGCAAUAAGUCUGGAUAAGUUUACCCGUGCAAGCUCUUUUAACGAAUACGAACAAUGCGCGGAUAAAAAUGUUAAUCCAAAGAUAUGUACCUGUCGUAGAAGCCUCAAGAAAACCUUCAAAUGGCGAAAACGCUUCAUCAAAAAUGCAGCAUCACAACACAGUUUCUCGCUCGCACCAACGGGUCUUGUCCUGGAUCACCCUUGCUUGACAAUUAUUUCACGCAAUAUACAAAAUUCCUUGCCCAGUGGAAGAAAACAAAACGCAAUUUCAACGUACGAGGCAUUUAACGCAUGCUCUUAUGUCACGUACAAUCUUACAAUCAAUAUAAAAAAGUUCAAAAGAUCGCGAGUAUCGCGCAAACUUCCUGAUACCGUGACGUUAUUUCCUAGAACAAUGACUUUUCUUAUCACAGUAAAGAAUGCGUGGAGAUAUGGUGUGUUCGUUCCCAGUUUUUCAUUUGUGAAGAGGACGUUAAGUGGGAGAAAUUGA